CCGCCCAGAACCGCCGCGACUGCGAUGAUUGUGCGGUUCAGCGGGCGAGGAGGGGCUCACGCAUCACGGUUUGCUUCGUAGUACGAGAGCUCGAGUGUCGAUCGAGGGUGUGUAAUUCUCCCGGUCGGCAGUUCAUUCUCGCGAGAAGCGGACGGACCGGACGGGGAAUGAUGCGCCGAGACAAAUGUGGAGACAUCGUACGGACACCUCGAGGGGAGGGAAACAUGUAACCGAGUGUUCGUAGCGGCACCUGACACUUCGCAAGCAGGACAAUCUGUCCAUUGUUUCCAUCGCUAUUUUAGUAUUUGAUGUAUUGACAGUGUUUUCGUGAUUUCCUUUGGAAUUUGUUGCCUACCCAAGACUGCAACAAUGACUGAGGAAGUGUCAGAGGUCCCCAAAGAACUGCUUGAGAGCGUGAAGGAUGCAGUUGGAAGGAAGAUCAGGCUCUCUGUGAAGAAGAGGGUCAAACUCGAAAUGAAAGGAGACCGGCUGGAGAAUAGAGUCCUGGCUCUUGCAUCUCACCGGGCAUACCUCCUGACUGCACGCAUCCCCAGCAAGAUCGAACACAACUUUAACUAUUUGGAGAUUCAAGGGAUCAUCUGUAACAAACCCACUCAGCUGGCCCUGGAGUAUGAGCGAGGUGCUGUGUCACUGAAGCUAGUGUCUACAGAGGAAGUUAAUGAAGUGGUGGCUCACAUAGGGACCUGUCUACAGAGAAUAUGUCCUGGUCUGUCACCGAUGAAGGUGAUGAAGAAGCUAAGUAUGGAGCCUCCAGAGAGGAUCAUCAGCCUACAGACUCUAUGGGAAAGCCAGAAAGUAGCGGAACCUGGACCUUGUGGGGGUUUCUCUCAGAUGUACAGGUGUGUGUGUGACUGGCUAGGCCUGCCCUACAGAGAGGAAGUGCAGUGGGAUGUGGACACCAUCUAUCUAACUCAAGACACACGGGAACUCAACCUGCAAGACUUCAGUCAUCUGGAGAACAGGGAUCUAGUGGCUAUAAUAGCAGUGUUGGAAUAUAACCAGUGGUUCACAAAGCUGUCCACGAAGGAUUAUAAACUGUCAGCAGAUGUGUGUGACCAGAUCUUAAGGAUAGUAGCCCGGUCCAGUCGACUGGAGGAACUGGUUCUGGACAACGCAGGACUCACUAGGGAUUUUGCCCAGAAGCUGGCGACCGCUCUUGCCCAUAACCCAAACUCAGGACUCCACACCCUCAACCUUGCCAAUAAUCCACUAGAGGACCGAGGGAUCUCCUCCCUGGGUGCCCAGUUUGCCAAACUCCGUAAGGGGCUCAAGCAAUUGAACUUCUCCAGAACCUCUUUAUCAUCCAAAGGGGUGAACAGCCUUGCCCAAUCACUGAGUGCCAAUCCGUCUAUCCCCGGUGACCUCACGCACCUUGACCUCUCAGGGAACAUUCUACGAGGAGAUGACCUCCCGAAUUUCUACCAUUUCCUGGGCCAACCCAACAGCCUGAUCACAUUGGACCUGUCCAAUACGGACUGCUCUCUGGACCUGGUUUGUUCUGCUCUGCUGAGGGGCUCCGCCCAGCAUCUUUCUGUCCUUAACGUGUCCAAGAGUGUAUUUGCACACAGGAAAGGCAAAGACGUGCCCCCCUCUUUCAAGCACUUCUUCAGCAGCGCUGCUUCCCUGAGCAGCAUCAACCUUUCAGGAACCAAACUCCCCCCCGAGGCCUUAAAAGCUCUUCUGCUUGGUCUGGCUAGCAACCCCAGCCUAAAGGAAGUGUCUUUGGACCUCAGCUGCUGUGAGCUUGGCCACUGUCUCAGGUCUGGGGGCUCACAGAUCCUGGAGGGCUGCAUUGCUGAGAUACCCAACAUCUCCAGUCUGGACAUCUCUGAUAACGGUCUGGACUCUGAAUUGUCCACUCUGCUGGUCUGGCUGGCCAAGAACAGGUCAAUCCGACAUCUUUCACUGGGGAAAAACUUCAAUAACAUCAAGUCAAAGAAUCUGGCUCCUGUCCUGGACAACCUGGUUCAUAUGAUUCAGGAGGAGGAAUCUCCGCUGACGUCCUUGUCCCUGGCCGACUCCAAGCUGAAGGCCGACCUGACCAUUGUACUGAACGCCCUCGGCAGCAACACCUCCCUGACCAGGGUGGACAUCAGCGGGAACGCCAUGGGGGACAUGGGGGCUAAGAUGCUGGCUAAGGCCCUGCAGAUCAACAGCAAGCUCAGGACUGUGAUCUGGGAUAAGAACAACAUAAGUCCUCAAGGUCUUCAGGAUGUAGCAGCAGCACUGGAGAAAAACUCUACGAUCCGGUUCAUGCCUAUUCCCAUCAUCGAUGCUUCUCAGGCUCUCAAAGCAAGCCCAGAGAAGACUGAGGACGCUUUGCUCAAGAUUGAGAACUACUUGUUCCGGAACCAUGAAACUCGUAAAUAUCACCAGGAGCAGGCCUAUCGACUUCAGCAGGGCAUCGUUACCACGACAACCCAACAGAUGAUUGACAGGAUCUGUGUGAAAGUCCAGGAUCACCUGAACUCCCUGAGGAACUCUGAGACAGACAUGAUCCUGGACGACGUCAAGACAGCAGAAAAACUCAUGAAGGACGCCAGGAACUCCAAAACGCUGCUUCCUAACCUGUACCACCUCGGGGCAGCGUCCAGAGAGGAGGUCAACGGCCAGUCGGUGGGACCCAUCCAGGAGAAACUGGAGUCCAUGGCAGGGGAGGUGGCCCGAGUCAUGGAUGAACAGCUACAGGCUCUGCUGGAGUCCAUGAUGGAUGCGGCCGAAGGUCUCUGUCCCCAUGUGAUGAAGAAGACCAAUCUUCGUCAGGACCUGAUCAAAGCCAGCACAGCUAAAAUGGUGGUCCCUCGUAGCUUCGUGAAGAACACCCUGCUGGAGCAGUCUGGAGUUGACAUCAUUAACAAGAUCAGUGAGGUGAAGCUGAGCCUGGCUUCCUUCCUGUCAGACCGUAUCGUAGAUGAGAUCCUGGAUGCCCUGUCUGGAUCCCAGCACACCCUGGCGGACCACCUGGUGCAGAAGGGCCGCCCCCUGGUGCAGCAGGACUCCGCGGACCUGGAUGUCUCAGAGGAGAGGGCGCCGAAGCGUGCCACUGUGGAGCUGAUGGAGGCGGAGAGGCUGGACGACCUGGAGACAUGCAUGAUGACUCCCAAGUCCAAGAGGAAAAGCAUCCACAGUCGAAUGCUUCGGCCCGUUUCUCGUGCCUUUGAGAUGGAGUUUGACCUUGACAAGGCCCUGGAGGAUGUUCCUAUCCAUUUGGAAGACCCCCCAGGUCCUACCCCUUCCCCUGCCUCCACACUCUCCAAGCUGGAGAAGAGGCCGCCCGGGGCCCUGGGAGAGCUGCCUUCUGAAGAAGGCAAGAAGCUGCAGCAUUUCACCAAACUGCGGCCUCGCAGGAACAAGAAGAUGCAGUCCAGUAAGAUACCACAGAUCAACAGAACCGCGUCUCAGGACGGGGAACCGAAUGGCCUGCAUGUCAGAGUCGACGAAGGGGUGGACGAGUUCUUCUCCAAAAAAGUCACAAAGAUGGACUCCAAGCGGUCUCUAAAGAGCUCAGACUCCCAGGACGGAGAGAGGAAGAGGAGCAAAGGAGGCUUCCUCAACCUCAUCAAGUCCCGUUCCUCCAAGUCUUCAGACAAAGACAAGUCCGAGAAGACCCAGUGUAGCCCGGCCCCAGCUCCAGUGGCCAGUGUCCCAGAGGAGCCGUCCUCCCCCAAGGCCCCGCUGAAGAGCCAAGCUCCAGACCCCCCCACCAAGGCCAAGGAGCCCAAGAACCCGCCCAGCCAGCCCCUGGACAGCAGCAGCUCGGACCGAUCCGAGGAGCUGCGGACCCCGGACUCGGUGGAUGAGGCGUCGGAGGGCAGUCCGCAGGGGGGGCGGCGUUACGGCAUCCAGGUGAUGGGGAGUGGACUCCUGGCCGAGAUGAAGGCCAAGCAGGAAAGACGGGCUUUUGGAUCACACAAGGACAAGUUUGAUCAGUCCUCUAGUCCAGACAGCUGUGGGACUGCAAAGCCGCUUCCCGUCUCACCGGAGAGCAGGUCUCCUGGCAGCUCUAAGGCGGAGGGGUCAGCAGUGGUCGGCUCCCAGGAGACGAGCCCCCGAGGUGGGGAUGCCAAGCCUGAGGCGGCCCCUAGAGUCCGGAGCACCUCCUCCCCCAAGCCCCCUGUGCAGGGCCCCAAGCCUACACCGGCUGCCAGGCCCCCCAUCCUCCAGAAGCCCCGGACCAACAGCAGCCGAAGCAUUGACGAGGGCUGUGAGUCCCCUGGAGGAAACGUGUCUCCCAAGGUUGCAAUGCUGCCCCACACCCUUAAGAGGGUCCCCUCGGAUAAGGAGGCGCAGGGCAGUCCUCUACUGGGGGGCAACAAGACCCCUUCUUCUCAGGACGUGAGACCAGGCCCAGUGGCAGACGCUGGCAAGCAGCAGGGCCUCCUUUGCCACAACUCUGAGGACAACGCCUCCAAACCCAAGGACAAAUCCCCCAACCCGGACUUAGACAAGAGUCCCAGGGGGAAGUCUUCAGACUCUGGAGAAGAGGUCGACAAAGACUUCAUUUUCAUAUGAGAAACUUCCAGGGAAACGAAACGGGCGCCUGGUUACCCAAUCCCUGUCUGUAAUUUCCUCACUCCUCACAUAAAGAUCGAACAGACUGGCCUCUGCCUCCACUGGAGGGUAGACCACCAAGGACAGGACCACAGCAAAGGACCAACAGUCGCUGUGUGCUUGGCGGAGGGCCGAGUGACCUGUGUGAAAUGUGUUGACUUUUGGGACUCGUCAACUGACCUCAGUACUAUCAAGGUAAAUACGGCUGGAGCACUGUUCAUGACACACUGAAGUGUGUUAAGUCAAACUAAACCUUUAACCUUCGUAAAGGGGCGGGGCAUCCCUAUGUCAUCAUAGCUUUAGAAUGUCAUCAUGGCCUUGUCUUUGGGUCUUCCCAUAUGCUUGUAUUUGGCUUUCAGCUGGUAUAGGCCAGGGACCUCCGUGAUAGCCAACUUGGGUUCCAGACUGAAUUUCUCUGAUUCCCUUUCUUUGUUUCACUGGAGGCCUUCCUGCUGUAAGCAGCAAUAGUUAUUGAGAAGCUGACUGCUUCGUUUGGCCACAGGUUUCAGCCUAGUACCAACUCCUUCAGAUGUUUGGCAUUAAGUCCCAAAAGCAGUCAGCGAAAGAGCCAAAACCGACUGGCACCAAUUGAGGCUAGUUUUGUUCUGCCGGGCCUCCGGGUCUUCAGAUGGUCCUCACUGGCUGCCUGUCUUUUUUUUUCUCCCCUAUUAAUCAUGGCCUGAGUCAAAACAUAAUGACAGGAUGUAAAUAACGUUCCUCAAAUCUCGUGUUGUGAAUGCAUCACACUGUCUUGUCCAACUGGCUUGUGUUCAGUAGCUGUAAAGGCCUCCCGCUGCAUGCUUAGCAAAUCACCACUUCCUGGGAGUCCAGGAACUCUGCGUCACAAACCUGCCGCCCUAGUGAGGUGUCUCCGCCAGUGGCAGCAGGGACACCUCAGCAUUUGGAGCUGAUUGGGAAGUCCCAAUGCACUAUAUUGGUAGAAAAGGAGAAGCGUUAAUUACCUGAACGUUGUUCAUUACGCUACCGACUCAACAGAACCUGUGAUAACGGUCCUUGUAUUGUCUGUUUUUGUAAUUUAAUUUCUUCUGUUUUGGGGGAUUAAGAGCAGCUGGCUGUUUUCGGUUUGGUUCUGUGAAACGAUGUGUUAAAAUCCCUAAGACAUUGAGUGACAGCGGAGGUUUCGGCUCUGGCAGUGGGAUUCUGAUGAAUUUGUGUCAACAUUUGCAUGUGAGGUGUAUUGUAUGUGUAUGUGUGGAUAUGUCUAAUUAAUUUAAUACAUGUAAUAUAGUACAGUGUGUUGAGAGACAUACAUGUAAUAUAUGUGCGCACACACAAAUCCUAUAUUACUACGGUACUAAGCACAUUACUAAAAAGGGGGGGUUUAUAUCAUUGUAAUUUACUUGAUGUUUUUAUUCUUGUACUUAUUUUAAAUGUUGGAAAGCAAUUUCUUUUCUUGAUAUCAAUGUAUUAUUUUAAUGACAGACGCAUUGAUAUGUUUGUCUGAUCAUUUCUGAUAAGCAAAAAAAAAA